AUGUUCACAAUCUCAUGGCCAUCACUACCGAAGCUCAGCCUAUCACUCUUCUCCAAGAAGGGCGCGAUCGACCUUCGCCCAGUCAAGGUCCAUGAGAGCGAGACUGCGCAGGACAAACCUGGCCGGGCCUUGAAACACUUAUUGAAAUUGAAUCAUGUUGAGCAUGGUUUGUUUGUGCAGCGCUAUUUGCCGAGUCAGUUGCCUGAACUAUUAUGCGCCUCUUUUCUGCAAGGCGCGGGUGAUGAGGAUCUAGGGCGGAUUUAUGAAGAUCAUGUUAAUUCUCAAGUCAAGUGGGAGGAUUCGCCUGCUGAAGUUACUCAUCUUGAUUGGAAGGGUUAUUUGGGAUGUCGAGAAUAUGACCGUGCAUUUGUGAACUUCUUUGAAGAUGAGCUAGCUCGCCUUGGCUAUGACUGGAGAGAAGUCGUUGCUGAGUACCUGUUUGAUGACAAAGAGCCUAUGUUUAAUUCUAUCAUGGGUGGCCUUGGAGCCCCCUUGGUUCAUCUUGCCCAUGCCUUUGAGUUCUCCAGUCGCGAGAUGGCAAUGGAAACCCUCGGCCUUGCUGCAACCUGCCACAGCAGUACGUUCAAGGAUCUGGAAGAUGCAGCGCCACUGAACAAGGCAACAUACGAAUCAAAAUCUCUUUUCGAAAUCUUGGAAAUUGUCCGCCAAGAUAAAGAGUUAGACAAUCUGUUCAGCAAGCCAGACAGUCAAAACCUCAAGUCCCUUAUCACAUCCCGCAAUCCAUUGUUGCUCAAGCACUGGUGUGCAUGGAGAAUCGAGAGCGCAAUGGAACAGUUCCGCGAGAGUCAAGAACUUGCCGCUGCAUUGCUUGUUGGAACAUCCGACCCAGAAAAUGCCAGAAGCGGGUCAUACAAUUCGCUCUUUGCUGUUCUUCUCACAACUAGCCAUGCCGUGCGUGUGGUGCUACCCUUAAUCCCUGCACAAUUCCAGAUUCCACUUCUGCGUCAGUGGUGGCUGACCACCGUCUCAAUCUACAUCUCCCAGCUGCGACCCGAGAUUGAUUCAGACCGAAUUCUUGGUUAUGAUCUCAAGGGAAGGGACUGGAAAUGGACGGCAGAGAAGGCUGUGAAGGGGAAGUUUUCGACAGAUGCACAGUUCGUCAAGGUUAUCCGCGCAUUGAAAGAAUUGUCCUUGACUUGGGGUGAUUCGGAAAGUUUCUUCCUUAAGGCUGCUGACGCAGACAGAAACUCAGAGAUGCAGGACAUCAAUGUGCCCCUGUAUCUCCACGCAGAGUUCCUACCCAACAUCCGCCAAAUAACCCUCUACGUCUCCCUCCCGGGACGUCCAGAAUUCAACGGUAUCCGACCAGAUAUCCAACUCUCAGAGUCACGAAAAGCAGUGAUAGUCUCAUUACCAAAGCCAUUCCUGGAUGUGGUUGAGACGAUUAAAUUGCCAGCGCGUGUUAGUGACGCGUCUCGGCGCGCUUUGAAUGCUACAGCUGACCCAGCAACAACAUCUGCUUCUGGCUCGAAUAGCAGCCAUGAUUAUUCUUUCCGAAUGCAAGUCGAUCCCAAUGAAGAGGCGCUGGCGCCUCAGGAUGAACUAAUUGAUGAUUUUGUGCCCUGGACAGCUGUGGAGAUGUCGCAUUUAACGAGGAUUCGAUGUCGGGAAUGUGCGACGCCUUUUUUAUUAUCUCCCGCCACUCAUGAAAAUCAAAACGAGCACUCCCAGGCCUCUACCGUGGGCUGGGUUUGGAAGGAUCUCCCCAGUGGGAACUGGGCCGAAAUGAUGGACUUCUGGCAUUGCCAUAAACCCGACCCCCAUGAAGGCCAUGAAAAAGAUGAGAAAGAUGUUGCGCUCCAGAUUGAAGACCAACAUGCUCAUACAAAAGGAUAUGGAGCCGAUAGUCAAGUCGUGGCUAUACCAGGAACAGUCCUUAUUGACGUUGCCACUUUCCUUCUUGCCGAAUCAGACUGCACAUCUUUGAAAAAGGGCAACGAAGAAGAACAAAACUCAACCACUGAGACGAUCCAGCCUUCCAACCAAAGAACACUGGACUGCGCAACCUGCAACGCAAUAAUCGGCAUGGAAGACCCCAUCGCCAACGGAUGGCGUCUCCUAAAAGCAAACGUCUCAUUAAACACCGCCCCGGCCAGCGAUUCCGACACAGGAACCCCAGAAUGGAAAUCCCAACCGACAGAAAUGAUCAUCGCAGCCCAACUACUAGAAUUAAUCGAAAGAGAAAGCGCACGCCGAUUCGUGGUACAUUGUGGUCAGAAAACCGGCCUGGUGCUCUGGGUCUUCAAUCCAGACAUGCGAUACUCGAAUUCCAGCGCAGACUAUAGUAUCAUGGCACAACAAGCUAUGAAAGUCUUUUACCAGGAUUGCGCUGAUGUGGAUGGAUUGCUUCAUCCCGAGAUUGGGAAUCCGUCGCCUUUAUCGGUUGAGGAGCUGGAGUUGCCGUCUAUGAUUUUCGAGGCUUUGUCUACUGCGCUGCGGGGGAGCAAUAGCAUGCUGCCGCUUUCUGCGAGGAGAUUUGGGGAGUGGGAUAUUGGGCUUUUGAGUCGGUUUAGGCGGGAUAAAGAUUGA